AGCCUGCCUGCCCUCAAUCGCCAUAUUGGGUACUGAAAAGGUUUGUCUGUUAUUUCUUCUCUUACUACGAGAGUCGAAAUUGACAGGAGUGGCUUCAGUUACGGCACUUUGUUUAGAUGAUCUGUGGAGACUACUUUUGCUCACAUUGCCAUAUUGGCAGUAACUUUUCUUGCCCAGACCUAUGCAUGGCAUGCGUGCGUUUGUGUUGAUCAGUCGUUUUUACGCCUGUUUUCGGUCGCGGGAAGCAUAGACGAAAUACGCAUUUUUCAGUGUUCCUAUUUGGACGUUCUUUGAUUCUCAGAAAAUGUCAAAUGUUCGUCUUUCAAAUGGGAGCCCGACUUUGGAAAGAACGGAUGCCCGAUUGUCGGAUCACCCCAAACCUUCAGCUUGCAGAAACCUUUUCGGCCCGGUGGAUCACGAAGAGUUAAGGGAGAAUUUAAAGGGACAUUUGCAAGAGAUCGAAGAAGCGUCCUCUGCAAAAUGGAACUUCGAUUUUGCAAAACAUAUGCCGCUCGUGAACGGGAAAUUUGAAUGGGAAUUAGUGGAUUGUAACGACCUUCCUAAUUUCUACACCAGAGAGCAACGAUUGGAAAAGGGCGUUUGUCCGUCAGGGAACAACAGUGUGGAUCUAAACGGCAAUCACAAUUGCAUGGUGGCUCUACGACAGCCCUGUGAAAGCGCCGAGAGGUCUGAUAGUCAAAUGGAGCGCAAGGACCAGUGCACUGGGCAGCGAAAAAGACCAGCUUCACAUGACCCCUCGUCCCAAACUAAAAGGUCACACACUAGCUCGGAUGAAGUUAGUCGCUGCCAAGGCAUAACGCACUCUGUGGAACACACACCCAGGAAAAACAACCCCAAAAGUCAAACGUGAGGAUCAGAAUGAUCAGGUGUAUUUCCUUUUCUCCUUGGUAUCCAGAGUGUUUGGCCGGUUUGAAGAGGAACUACAAAGUAAAUGAAACAUAUCAAGUCUCCAUGGGCUGGGGAUGCUGUACUCGCACUGAACAGAAACACUAAGUUCUGGCACUCAUAAAGUUACUGCCUCCAAAGCAGUCACAUGUAGCAGUGUGCAAUUAGGUUUAAUUUCCUUUUUUGCUCAUUUUUUUUUUAUUUACUACCUGUGUGUGUGUGUGUAUAAGUGUGUGUGUGUGUGUGUGUGUGUAUAUAUAUAUAUCAUAUUUCCUCUCCAUAUGUAGCACAUAAAGCGUAUUAAGAUUGAGAAAUUUCCUUUAUGUAAAACGUGUGAAUUUGAUUUGACUUGAAGAAUUGCAGUGUAGUCUAAGAAAUGUUUCCAAAAUGCUGUUUAUUUUGUUUUUCCUCUAAAGGCAGUGUGACUUUCUUUGAACACACAUACACACACACACACACACACAUUAAAUCCUGCUACAUUUGAAAAAUGAUCAUGGAUUACCUAGUCAGUCAUCAUUCAGCGAGCCUUCUCCGUUAGUUUCUCAAGUGAAGAACGGUACAUAUGUAGCCUUGUAUAUUUUUCUUCCUCUUUUUUUGACAUUUCCAUGUCACUAAUUCAAAGUUCUCUAAGAUUGGUCACCCAAGGAAAAUUUUGCAUCAGCAAAUUACACAUUUCCGUUGUGGUUUGGUAGUAUGUGAAGUUGCCCAAUAUUUAUUGUAACCUGUUUUAGAGACGAUCAGUGUAGGCAUACAUUUCUCUGUUAAAUUCUGGAAUGUUUUAUUUUUCUCUCUGUAAUUUUCCUCCCUGCCCGCAUGUUAAGUUAUAUUGGUUUGUAUUUUUUCGAGGUGUGUGUGUGUGCGUGUGUGUGUGUGUGUGGGGUACUCAUUUACUGAAGGAUAAGGACUAUACUAACUGCACAGGUAGUAUUACUCAUAUACUGUAACAUUCACUUGUUGACUGGCCCACAUUUCUCUCACUGUGGGUGGGCAAUUCUUUGACUUGUACAAGGAGGUUUUCUGAUUAGUGGAAUACCCUACAAUACCAAAUACAUGGUUGCUUCAGUAAAGAUUUGUCUGUACUAUACAUUUUCAUUAGUUUUGACUUCACAUUGUAUUCCCAGUAUACUUUGUUUUUCCCGUUGUAUGCAUAGUGUAUGUUAUUUUUACAAUUUAAGUUGUUAGCCUGCUGAUCAUGCUAAUGUAUGCAUCCCAGAUAUCUUCCAUUUCAUUUACGUAGACAUGGGCUAUCCAGACGAUAACAUUAGGCCUAUAUCCAUCUAAAGUGCUUCUCAGAAAUGUCACUUUGCCUGUGUAUGUGUGUAAAUCUUUGAGGUGUACCUGUGUACAUAACUUUGUAAAAACACUGAGAAAUUAUACUAACUUAUUUAUGUCAAGCUUUUUUAUGUAGAAUAAAAUGGGUUUUUGAUUACGGUUAUCCAAAGUGGCAUUUACCUUUUAUUAUAAUUUUUUUUUUUUUUGUAAAAGCAUAUUUUUGGUAGUUUUUAUCUACAAGGUUGCAAACUGAGCCUGAUAAAAUAUUUGAUGUGCAUUUUGUAAUGUGUGGUUAUAAAAUAUGUUGCAAUCAAUUAAAAAAGAAAAUGGAAUCA